AUGAGGAUAUGUCUACGCUAUCUCGGUGACCCUGGAUAUCAACAAGGUAUUGGUCAGGAACUUGGUGUUAGUCAAGCAACGCUAUCUCGGACUGUGGAUAGAGUUGUGAACAGCAUAGUUGCACAGUCGAACGAAUGGCUCAGGUUUUCAACUACCAACCGUGAACUGAUGCGAGGCCAAGCGGAUAUGGCAAAGCAUGUAUAA